AGUGGCCUGGCUGCUCCAGCCCUGCUCCUCCAGAGCAUGGGAAAAGCAGGAGCAGCAGCAGGGAGACAGCUGGCUGGCUGCUGACUUAGAAAGGCAUCAUUGCGUCACGUCAUGCUGGAUUUCUGUCUUCCACCUCGUACAUAAGUGGGAUCUCUGUGCUGGAACAAGAUGAUGUCUUGAACUCAUUGAAGGAAAGGGACUAUUUGUUCACACUUAUGAUGAUUUGACACAAUUAAUGUCUCAAUAACCAUGAUGGCAACACAGACAUUAAGUAUAGACAACUAUCAAGAUGGACAACAGAUGCAAGUGGUAACAGAGUUAAAAACUGAACAAGAUCCCAACUGCUCUGAAACUGAUGCCGAAGGGGUGAGUCCUGCCCCUGUAGAAUCUCAGACUCCAAUGGAUGCAGACAAGCAGGCCAUUUACAGGCACCCACUAUUUCCCCUGUUAGCACUAUUAUUUGAAAAAUGUGAACAAUCUACACAAGGCUCAGAAGGAACAACUUCUGCCAGUUUUGAUGUAGAUAUUGAAAACUUUGUGAGGAAGCAGGAGAAAGAAGGAAAACCCUUUUUCUGUGAGGAUCCAGAAACUGAUAAUUUGAUGGUGAAAGCAAUCCAAGUUCUGCGUAUCCAUCUGCUGGAGCUGGAAAAGGUCAAUGAACUCUGCAAGGAUUUCUGUAGUCGUUACAUUGCCUGCCUGAAGACAAAAAUGAAUAGUGAAACACUAUUAAGUGGAGAGCCUGGAAGUCCUUAUUCACCUGUGCAAUCUCAGCAAAUUCCAAGUGCCAUUGCAGGCACGCUCAGUCCCCAAGGGAUCGUGGUGCCAGCAUCAGCAUUGCAGCAGGGAAAUGUAACUAUGGCAACAGUAGCAGGGGGGACAGUGUAUCAGCCAGUCACUGUGGUCACUCCACAAGGACAAGUGGUGACACAGGCACUGUCACCUGGGACUAUUCGGAUCCAGAACUCUCAGCUCCAGUUGCAAUUAAACCAAGAUCUAGGCAUCUUGCAUCAAGAUGAUGGCUCAUCAAAAAAUAAGAGAGGAGUUCUUCCCAAGCACGCUACAAAUGUGAUGAGAUCUUGGCUUUUUCAGCACAUAGGGCAUCCAUAUCCAACAGAGGAUGAGAAGAAGCAGAUUGCAGCACAAACAAAUCUGACACUACUCCAAGUUAACAAUUGGUUUAUCAAUGCUAGAAGGCGAAUUCUUCAGCCAAUGCUGGAUUCCAGUUGUUCUGAAACUCCAAAAACAAAGAAGAAAACAGCCCAGAACCGGCCAGUGCAGAGGUUCUGGCCUGACUCCAUUGCCUCAGGAGUUGCUCAGCAGCAAUCGAACGAGCUCACGAUGUCAGAUGGUGCUGUCGUGACCAUCACAGCUCCAGUGAACAUGAAUGUGGACAGUCUGCAGUCCUUGUCCUCGGAUGGUGCCACCCUGGCUGUGCAGCAGGUGAUGAUGGCAGGGCAGAGCGAGGAUGAGUCCGUGGACAGCGGCGAGGACGACGGCGGCGACCUCUCGACAGCGAACAUCAGCGGGCUGGUCCUGGACAACAGCGACUCUCUGCAGUAGGAAGCCAGAGAGCCUGGAGGAAAAAACACUUAGGAAAAAGAAUGGACUGACUGACUGACUUUUUAUAGUUUGCACAGCAAACAUUUUACACAAGUUUUAUUUCUAAUAUGUUUUAUAUGUAGAUAUAGAAGGGUGCACUUUUUUGUAUUUCAUAGUAAGCUUAAAGAGUGUUUUUGCAGGUGCAGCAACUUCUUUCAAAUGUGUUUUGGUUUUUUUUUGUUUGUUUGUUUGUUUCUUUUUCUUUCCUUAUUUCAGAAAAUUAUAUCUAGUAAUAUAAAGAACCACAUAAGCACCCCUUUGUUGUCUGGAUUGGAAGUGCUGCAGUUUCUGAUGAAUUAUGCAGUUUCAAUUAGUGCUGUUAUUUAACACAGCUUUUGAUGGGCAGGUGAUGUAAAUUUAAAGCAUGUGACACUAGUGUGUGAAACUUGAUUAUUGAGUUAGAUGCAUAUAUUUGAAAGAUGCUUCUGCACCUUAAAAACUGCUAGUCUGAGGUGGACAGCAACACACAUAAAAAGGAACUGUUGAUGUGUGAUUCAGUAGAGAAUGUAUGGCAAUUUAAAUAACUUUAGUUUCUCUCAUAGUCCGUGAGCCUGUUUAUCAUUUGCUAUAAAAACUCCUAUUUUUACCUUGCUGGGGUUAUUGGAUAAAAAAAAUAUUUUUAUAAAUUCACUAGAAAUUGGGAUGACAACUGUAUUAAGCAGGAGGAAAAAAAAAAUAAUUUCCAGAGGGGAAAAAUAAAUGUUUAGUAUUCCUAUUUGGAAGGUCUAAAAAUUGACCCAAUUUAAUAAACAAGCCUACAGUAGCAUUCUAUGAUUCUCAGCUAUCCCACAGUGAUAUACUAUAUUUGAUAAUAGCAUUAGAAGGGCCCACUGUUUGAUGGGAUUUUGAUAUUGUCAAACAUUGAUUUAUAUUAUGUGUAAACUAAUAUUCAAAUUGCAUAACUCUGUAUCUAGACUUGUAUCUGAAAAUAUUUGCUAAAUGAAUAUUCAGGUAAGUAAGUUCAAAUACCCACAACUUUUCCAAUUAUUAGAGAAAUUUAACAGUUUAUAGUUUGUACAACUGAAUCUAAAAAAAAUGAAAAGUUGCCUACUAUACAGUCAUGAAUUCUGCUAUUUUAUUGCAUUUGAAAUAUUUUCCCCUAAUACAAAAAGAAAAAUAUAACAUGAAUUUAUAUAAAAUUUCUUCAGAUCUGAAGUUUACUACCAGAAUAUACAGCAGGCUUUGUUAGAGUAGGAAAUCCUUGUGUGUCAUUUAAAAAAUGAAGAGCUGGUGAUAAAAACAGCUGGGUUUUGGUUUGGUUUUGUUUUGGGAUUUUUUUUUUUUUUGUUGUGGUAACAGUUCAUUUCUUUCAUUUUCCCAAAGUUUGAAGUCUGUGAUUGUCUAUCCAUGAACACUUGCUUUUGGAACUUUGUAUUUCCCAUUGUUGAGUACAAAUAAGAGACUCAAGAGCCUCAUGCUAUGAUCAACACCCUCUUUUGUCCCUGUCCCUUUGUCACAGUGUUGGCUCAGAUCAAAGCCAGAAUUUCCUUCUGAUUUUGACCCAAUCUGGGUGUGUUUCUAACAUGACAGGGAGAAAGGUGGUCACCUUUAGAAUCUUCAGACACUGUAUUUGAACAAAGCCCUUUGGCAGAUGCAAAUAUUUCAUUGAAUACUUAAUUUGUGCUUCUCAGAACACUCAGGCACAUGCUGAGGUGCCCUUGGUUUCAGGAGGAUGAAGGAUUGUGCUGCUGGACAUGCUGAAGUGGCUGGAAGCUGCUCAUGGCAGAUUGUCUUCCAAGGCAAGGCUGAGUUGGUAGGAAGAAAAGCUUCAGGAGGAAAUAUCAGUGGCAUUGCCCUACACACGUGGAGAAUAACAGCAGUUCUCAGUGACUGGCAGUUAUUUUUUUUUAAAUGAUUUUUACUCAACACAAGAGGUGUUUCUGCUCUGGCUCUCACUGAGCCCUGGCUGAGGAUCUUCCUUAGUUCAAGUGCUGUCAUGAUCUGCUCCACUGGACUGGUGAUUUCUAAGAAUUUGUUUUCUUCUGACUUCUCUGCUUUGCCACUCAUGUGCCAUGUUUGAUAAACAGCACAGUAAAUGAAUAAUGGGAGAUGAAUUAGGAAGCUUUGACAUUGCAUGGCUAUCUCAAAGGCUGCUGUCAAAUCCAGUUUGACCCCAAAACACUUUAAAAGACAAACCAUGUACAGAUCCUGCUCCUUUGGAAGCAUUCAGCCUACUGGCCCUACAAAAGAUAGCUCAGAUUACUGGGACUCAGAUUCUGCAUUUUUGUUUUUAAUUGUUUUUAACUCCAAGAGUGCUCCAUUACCCCCACCAUCUCCAUUCAAUAUCAGGUUAUAUUUGUUGGUUUGUUUGGGGUUUUUAUUGGAAACAACCAGGCCUCAGGGUUUGCAAACUUCUGAAAGUUUAUUUUUCAGAAAGAAGCCAUUUUCUAGUUAGUUUUUUUUUUUAUUUUAUUUUAAAUUAUUACUCCCCCCACCUUACAUACAGCAGAAAUUCUAUUCUUCCAAAACAUGACCUUGUCUUCAGCUACUUUAUCAAUUCCUGGGGACUGAAGUUGAUGGAGUUUACUGUGAAAGGGGAAUAUGGAAUAGUUUCACUGUCAUAUUAGAAACAUUAAAAAAAUAUAGGCACUUGAAUUCCUAAAACUGAAAAGGCUUCACCAGUGUGAAAGUAUUGUUUAACAUGUGAAACUCAAAUAUUUUCUUUCAGUUCAGUGAGAAUUCUGUAGUGGGUGUGAACUGCAGGGAAGUGCUUGUUCUUUUCAUGAUUUAAAAGAAGAAAAAAAAAGUGGAGUAGGGGUUUUUUAUCCUUUUUUUUUUUCAGUAUAGGAAAGAUUGCUGGUUUCAGCAAAGCAUCACCAUUCAGGAAAGGUACAUGUUUACAUUAGUUAAAAAGUCUUUGC